GACCUGGGGAGGUGGCGGUCCGGAGUCUAGGCGACCGGGAGUGAGGGAGCCGGGCAGGAGCCGGCGGUAGGGCCAGGCCUGGAGGCCCCCACCCUGGCGUGCCCUCCCCGGCCGCAAUUGAGAAAGAGGAGGAUGAUUUCCAGAUACACUCGGAAGGCGGUGCCACAGAGCUCGGAGCUGAAAGGAAUAACAAAAGAUGCUCUUAAUCAUCAUCCCCUUCCAGAGCAGCUGGAUGAAAUUUCCUCUACCAAUGACAGCCAUGAAAAAGACACAAGUUCCCAAAGUGAGUCUGACAUCACACAAGAAUCACCUUUUACAUCAGCUGACACUGGGAAUUCAAGGUCUGCUUUUCCAAGUUAUACAGGCACAGGGAUCUCUACUGAAGGCAGCUCGGACUUCUCCUGGGGAUAUGGUGAACUUGAUCAAAAUGCUACUGAAAAAGUCCAGGCAAUGUUCACAGCCAUUGACGAGCUCUUGUAUGAGCAGAGGUUGAGUGUACAUACUAAGAGUCUAAGAGAAGAGUGCCAACAGUGGACAUGUAGUUUUCCUCAUCUCAGGAUUCUGGGUAAGCAGAUAAUUACUCCAAGUGAAGGUUAUGAACUGUAUCCUAGAUCCCCUUCUGCUAUUUCAGCUUCACAUGAGGCAACCCUGUCUCAAGAAAGAGAUUCUACUGUAUUUGGUAUUAGAGGAAAGAAGUUACAUUUUUCAACUUCUUAUGUUCCUAAAGCAUCUUCCAUUGCCAAAUCCCCUAGCUUGUGUUCUAUGGAAAAAGAAGAGGAAGACUGUGUAAUCUCUGAAGGAAUAAUAGAGGAAUAUCUGGCAUUCGACCAAACAGAUAUGGAAGAGGAGUUUCAUGGAAAGAAAUCAGGAGCAACUACAGAGAAACAGAAAUUAGGGUACCCUCCCAUUGUUCCAUUUUACUGCAUGAAAGAGGAUGUCCUUGCUUAUGUGUUUGAUGAUGUGUGGAGCAAGGUCCUGAGCUGUAUGGAGCAUCUGACACGUAGUCACUGGGAAGGAUUUGCUUCUGAUGAUGAGAGUAAUAUUGCAAUCACCAGAUCAGCUUCACAAAGCCCCUGUGUGCUGAGUGAACCACAACCUUUGGUCUUACCUCGAGUGCCACAGUCUAAGGUGCUGUCCAUCACCUCGAAUCCGAUGAGUCUCUGUCAAGCAGCAAGUGGUCAUCAGCCAAAUGUGAAUGGUCUCUUGGUUCAUGGGAUGCCUCUACAGCCAAGAAAUCUCUCCCUAAUGGACAAACUCCUAGAUAUUGAUGACAAGCUACUUAUGAGGCCCGGGUCCAGUACCAUCCUUUCAACCCGAAAUUGGGCAAAUCGAGCCCUGGACCUUUGUACAUCAUCUCUGUCAUAUACAGUGCAGUCCACCAGGAGACGCAACCCUCCACCACGAACCCUUCAUCCCAUCAGUACAAGCCAUUCACGCGCUGGAACACCAAGACCUAUGGAAGAAAUCCUCAGAGGAUCCCGAGUCCCAGUGGCGGCCGACUCACUCUCUUCUCCUUCACCAAUGCCCCUGAGUCGAAAUAAUCUGCUGCCACCUAUUGGCACAGCUGAAAUGGAACACUUGAGCACUGUGGGAUCACAAAGGCAAAUGAAAAGCCAUGGCGAUACCAAUCGAGCUCGAAGUGCAGUGGUGGAUGAACUUAACCAUCAGCAGCCCCAGGAGAAGCUCCUUUUACCUGACUUUUUCUCCAGGCCCAACACAACUCAGUCAUUUUUGCCAGACACACAGUAUUGUCAUUCAUAUGCUGUUGAGUAUCAUCAGGCCCGACCUAGUAGGGGAUCUGCAGGGACAGGUCCUCAGUUACAUGGGUCUACAAAAUCUCAAAACAGAGGUGGACCAGUCUCUAGAACCAGGCAGGGACCAUAGGGCAAGAAUCUGCUUCAGGCUGCAGGGGACAUAUGGGAAGAUUUGAUGAAUCAGUGUUCACUCAUCGUGUGAUGCAGAGCUUAUAUAUGAGACAACCUGAAACCAUCUUCACGAAGAGUUAUUUUGGUACAACUGACUGAGAAGAAAAGAGUAUCUGCCAAAGAUUACAUGGGUACUGUUUCUAUCUCCAGUUACUGUUUUCUUUCAGCAUAAGUGAACCUAUUCCAAUGGACAGUAAAGUUUGUACCCAAAGAUUUAACAAAUGAAUAAUUACCCCCAAAU